CGGUAUCAUAUGUUCUCACACUCAUUCAUCAAAUUCAUUUCUCUGCAGGUACCUCAGUUUGUUAUUUUACGCUGCAAGUUUACGAGUGAAAUUUUAUUAGAAAAAUGCGAAAAUUUUCGUUACCUUGUGUGGCUUUGGCUUUUGGAUCUGUUGCCGUCAUUGGACUAAUUAUCGUUUAUCGUCGCAAUCGUAAAUGCCAAAAGAAAUCUCCUCCAACAAAUUGGAAGGCCGUUGGCGAAGUAACCGACCUCUUUUGUUUCCCCAUCAAGUCAUGCGGCGUCGUUCGCGUCAAAGAAAUAAAUUGCUCGCAACUCGGGUUCCAGGAAAACUUGUUGCGCGACCGGAUUUUCAUGGUGACCGAUCACGAAGGGAAUUUUGUGACGGCGCGUCAACAACCGAAGCUUGUCCGGAUUUUUCCGCAAAUCGAGGGGAACGUCAUGAAACUCACCGCUGCCGGAAUGCUCGACAUCGAGAUCCGCCUGGAGGAAAUUCUGAAGAAAAGUCGUCGAAUUGGGCGCGUUUGGGGUCAAGAAGUGGAAGUUAUUGAUUGUGGCGACGACGUGAGUCGAUGGUUGUCGCGAUUUAUCUUCAAAAAAGACGAAGGCUUGCAUUUAUUUUACUACCCCUCGUAUUCGCCAUCGCGCGUCGUUCGUGAUUGCAACAAGUAUGCCGAGUACGAAGACGAGCAUGUUGGCGCCUUGCACGAUGCCACGAGUUACAUGAUGAUCAACGAAAGCUCCAUCACCGAACUAAAUUCGCGUCUUGACAACUUGAUCGUGACUCCGAUGAAUUUUCGCCCAAAUUUCGUGAUAAAAGGCCCACCAGCAUUCGCUGAAGACGACUUCCAAUGGGUCAAAAUUGGCGACGAAACAACUUUUAGAGCUGUCAAGCCAUGCACGCGAUGCAUUUUUACCACAAUUGACCCCGAAACAGGAGUAAAAGACCCCAACGGAGAACCCCUGAAGACUCUCAGAACUUAUCGGAUGUUCCCCGGAGUCGGAAAUUCGCCAGUGAUGGGCAUGCAUUUGGGCGUCGUCGCUUACGGAAACGUCAAAAUCGGAGAUACGGUUUACAUUGGAAAGGCAUAAAGUGUAGUUUUCAUUUAAAAUACAUUUUUUUGUUGUCCUGGUGACGCCAUUUAUUUUUAGUCCAACUUUGCAAACAGGAGAGAAAAAAAUUUUGUGAAAGAGUAACAACAAACUUUUUUGUCUUCUUCGAGAACUUUUAAUUUUAUAAUUAAGUUUUGAAACAAAAUUAUGGAAAUUUAUGACUUUCUUUCGUUUUUUGUUUGUGCUUGUGUGUGUUUAUGUGUAAAAAUAAGAUGCUAGCCAGAAGACAAGAGGAGACAGAAAAACAAAAGCAUGCAAGAAAAAGAAAUGGCUAAGAAAGUUUUACGACAAGAGUCAUCGUAAAAGUUUAUAAAAAUGCGUUUUAUAGGAUUUUUUUCUUAAAUUUCGAUUAAAAUUUUGUUUUCGACUUCGAAAAAAUGAAAAAAAAUACAGGUAAGAAUUUAAAAAUUUUAAUAAUAAUUCAUUUAUUCAUUCAAAAAUUUAAAUAAUUUUUUUU